GCCAUGUGGCAAGAGCCACUCUGCCUUUAACCGCGGUUAAGCUAAGCAUUACUCCCGGAUUCCAAUAUUUCCGAAUGCACCUGAAAGCGGCACAGACCCCUCAUCCAGCACAUCACAGUGACGUCCUGUGCGGAUACAGCAGACAGAUGCCCUGACUGCAACGGUCCCAGGUCUACAUCCUUAACGUUUUCUCCAUGUAAAAGGGCGUUUUAAAGCCCGGGGGAGCAGCAGCAGAAUGCAGCGGAGCGCGGUGGUCGUGGUGGCGGAUAAAACGACCCUGAAAAGGCCGUUUAUUUUGGCAAAUUCAGUCCAUAUGGCGCUGUGCUUCUCCUUGCUGACAAUGACAGUGGCUUAUCAUCGAGAUAUCUUACAAACUGGAAAAAUGGUGUCUACUGUUUCAGUAGUGAUGUUGUACGUGAUAGAGAUUGGCUGCCUGCUGCUCUCGGUGCUCGGCAUGUUUGGAGCCUUCAAAGAAAAGAGAUGGUGCUUUAUUCUGGUAAAAUAUGCAGCUGGGAUGGCAGCAGCCAGUCAAACAAUAAUUGUUAAAGCAGCACUAAGUUACCAGGAUAUUUAUGAGAAACAUGUGGUCAAUGAAGAGUCCAAGCUGCUGUCCAUGAUGCCACUCACUACAACAAGCAAAGCCAACAAGACACUGCUGUAUCAUAUUCAGCAAGAAUUGGAAUGCUGCGGUCUUGUCGAAGGUUACAAAGACUGGGGCUCUUCCAUUCCUCCAUCCUGUAACUGCCAAUAUCCAGGAAAAUGCAUUCGACUACGAGGCAGCGCCACACUCGGGGCUCCAAAGAACCACUAUGUUUAUCAAGAGCCUUGCCUUCCAAUUUACGUUUCUGAGCUGAAGCUUGCAUUCUCGUUGUCGAUGGGUAUACAGUUUGGAAGCGGAGUGUUUUGGGUUAUUUUACUUGUUAUGAGCAUCAAGCUGAUGGACCAGAUCAGAAGGAAACAUGACUUUAUGGCUCUUCUCGAAUCAAACAGAUACGUUCCCGGUGCUUUCUAGCCCCCUGCUGUUUUAAUACACACAUCCUAAUUUCUAUAACCUGGCUAUCUUAUGGUUUUUCUAUGUGUUGAUGUUUAAAUGCAUGUCUAAAAGUAAUCUACUUGCGCACAGUAGAUAAGAUUUAAAUGACUCUUCUGCCUUACUGCUGUAAAAAAAAAAGAGAGAGAAAAAAAAGUGCAAUUUAAUGACAUUAAUCAAUCUGAACUAGUUAUCACAUUUUCUUAUGUUUUUUUCUGGCUUUUUGUUCUGUACAUUAAGACUUUGGAUAUAUAUCAGUGAGGCUUUCAAAAGGCAGAUAUUAAUCUAAUAAUAAUUAAUCUGCUUCGAUGUUUUAUUGAAAGCUUGCCUCACCGAACCCAACUGUAAGUUCUGAGUUUUGACGUAUGUACCUCAAGUCAAGAUGGCGUAAUGAAAUACGAAUACUUGUCUUAAGCACACAUUGACUUUCAAGCAUUAGAGCAACUAAUAAUCUUUGCAAGAUAAUAAUAUUAAUAAGCUUUAUGUAGCAGCUUUUUUAAACACUGUUUACAAAGUGCUUUGAUUCAGUUAUUGAUUUAGCCAUGCAUAUUACUGCAUAAUCAGGUGAGACAAGGGAAUGAUUCACACGUCUCGGGGACAGCAGAAUGUUUUGAUGCCUUGUUAUGCACACUGAAUAUCUGAAACCUUGUUGUAGAUUUCAGUUUUUCUUAAAGCACAUGUAACAAUUCGAGCUUGUGUGAUCAUGCCCAGGAGAGAGGAGUGGGUGAGGAGGAGGAGGAGAGGGGAUUCUGUUUUGUUGCACAUACAGUAGACACGCAGUAAAAUCCUCUUUGAUUUGAAGGUUUUGCACAGAUGUUGGCAAGGCCGCUGCAAAGAGGUUGUGAGAGGCUCUUGUAGGAAAAUGUGCCACCCACAUUCUUGCAGAGACUGUAACGCUCCAACUGAUGCAACUCUCACCAAAGAAGCCUUUAUGCCACGCCGCGUCUACUUUAACUUGCUGCAUGAGCUGCCUGCUGUUGAAACGUCUACUCGACUCAUAUAUUGUCAAAUUAAUUUAAUCUGAAGCAGCAGAUCCAGUGUCUACCUGUGCACUUUAACCAUUAUUGCCUAAUAUACACAUGUUCUGGCAACGUAUGGUGUCUUUGUUUCUGUCACACACCGGUUUUUUUUUUUAAUUGGCAUGACAUGAUGUAAUAUUUUGUAAAUAUAACGAAUAAAACAAGUUUUGUCUUUUU